AUUAUUAAAUCCGCAACCUAGUUUACCAACCUCGAUUCAGUGCUGUGGAACAUAUUCUUAUAUUACCACAAAUAAUGAGACUUAGUCCAAGGUGUCGUUGAAAACAGAAGUUAAAAUGUCGGGCACCUGUGUGUCCAUCACGAUAGACCAGGAGCAGGACACUUGGGAGGCGGAUAACCUUUGGAUAGGCUUAGCUUUCUUGUUGGGUUUUAUAGUUGGCGCGGCUAUUGCUGGCGCUUGUGCCAAAGUGUGUAUUAAAAGCUGGAGCAAAAAGAAGCAACAAGAUGCAAAGGAAAGGCAGAUGUUAUUGCAGUAUGAUAACACAUUCUCAGGAGCUCCACAAGAAGAAGAUGAUGAAGAAGAAGUUAUUGAAGUGGUUACGUAUGAAGUUGUUGACCCCUACGCACAAGCUAGUGAUAAAGGAAUGACUGAAGCCUUGGUCCAAUCCAAUAGUGAAGCAGCAGAAGUGAAACUUGGUGAACAAGACCUGGCAGCUAUCUUAAGUAUGGAAAAUGAGAUGAUCCAGCAGAGGGCAAAUAGUUUUGCGUACCUGCUGCAAAUUCUUCUGAAUCAGCUGGUCACAGCUGGAAGGGUGGCUGCAGAAACUGUUCCAACUUUGAUUCUGAUGGUGCAAACUGAUUUAAUGCAAGCAAUGGAAAUCAGUCUACAGGAAGUAAAAGAGGAGGAAAAGAAAUUGAGAGCAGAUCCCAAACUGGCAGACAAACCAGAAGAACUGAAUCAGCAAAUAGAUGCUCUUCACCCCAAGAUGCUACAAAAGAUGCUUUCAUACAUCAACAAAGAAGAGGAGAAAGUGAGAGAAGAAUUGAGAAAACUCCCUGAGCUGAAGGAAGAUGAUGUUGAGGCCAUUUUAACAAAACUCACUGAAGAUGUCACAAGAGCUGAAGAGAAAUUCAAGGAGGAACAAGCCAGACAAGCACUAUACCUUGAAGACAGAAUGGCAAGGAGAAGAGAAAAUGCAGCAAGACUUUUAGAGAAAAAAGCAGAAAAGACUGAUGACAUUAAAACCCAAGUAGAAUCUUUUGAUGCCACUUUAACCAAUAUGGUUGAAAAUGGUCAAUUGAUUGAAAGGCAGAAAGAUGAGCUUAUGAAAGAAUACCUGGAAAAUUUAGAGAAAGCACAAACAGAAUAUCAAACAGAGGUUGCACAAAAUGAACAGAAACUUGCUGAAAGGUUAAGAAAACUGAGAGAAAAGAAAAUGAAUGAAUUACACAAACAGCAGGCACAGGAAAAAGAAGAGUUCUUGAAGAAAGCUGGAAAUUCACAAAAAGCAGUUCCAUUCAUAAAUGCUUAUGCAGAAAUGGUUGAGAAGCAGCAUAUGGAUAGAGAAAUGUUAGCAGAAGAGUUGGACAAACAGGAGGUAGAAGAGAUGGAAACGGAAGAAGUGAACUUACAGGAAAGGAUAAAUGAGAAAUUAGAAAAGGAAAAAGAAAAUUUCAUGGAACGUUUAGAAACGAAAGCAGAAUUGACAGAAGCAGAUGUGAAGAAAGUUCUCAGACUUCACCAGCAGCAGAUGGAACAUGUGAACAGAGAGAGAGCUGAAGAAAAGAAUAAAGCAAAUGCAAAACUCCAAGAAAAGCUGGCACAGAGAAAGCAGAAAGCAGAGGAGAACCAGCAGAAAGCAGCAGCAGAGCAGCAGGCUCUGGAAGAGCACCAAGAAAAGAUGAUUAACCAAGUGUUGGAAACACAGAUGGAUCUCAGUGAAGAGGAAAAGGACAGGAUAAUGAAAGAACACAAAAAGAAUGUCCAGACACUUAGUAGUCAGCAGCAACUUAGUCGACUUAGACAGCAGAAGCAAUUGGAACAGAAAAUGAGUCAAAGAAAGGCUAAGUUAGCAGAAAUGAAGGAGAAAAAACAAAAUAUGCGUGCAGAUGAGAAGCAGAAGAUACAAGAUGAGUUGGAUAAACAAAUAGCUGUAGAGGAACAGAGAAUUAAAGAAGAAGAACAAAAAGCAUUGGAUGAUUUAAAGAAACAGAGAGAUCAGGAGUUAGAGGCUGCUUUGAAACUUCAAGCAGAUCAUCUUAGUAAAACUAUAGGAAGACUACAGGUCGGACAGGCUAGAAGAAAAGCCAUAAUUGAAAAGCAGGAUCAGACUAUUCAAGAGCUGGAGGAACAACUUGCCAAGAAAAUUGCCACAGGAGGAAAAGCUUCAGAUGGGGUGGAUACCAUUCUCCAGUCUCACUAUAAGAAUGUCCAACAGCUACAAGAGCAAGUGUCUGCUGAUAAGAAAAGAAUGGAGCAGAAGCUUCGAGAAAGACUGGAGGCCAAAAGACUGAAGAGAGAGACGGAAGUAGAAGAAGAAGUAGACAAAGAGGUUCAGAAGGAGUUGACAGAGAUUCAAAAGAGAGGAGCAGGAAAAGCAACUGCAAUAUUAACACAGAUGAUGAUAGAUCAGAAACACAAACAAGCCAAGGCCAAACUUGAACAAGAACUCCAGCAAGACCUAGAGAAACAGCAGCAGCAAAUUAAUGAAGAAUUGGAACAGGAACUUAAAAACCAACUAGAGGAGCAGAGAAAGCAGUUACUUCACCAGAUAGCUGCAGCUAGUAAUUUGUCUAGGGAUGAGAUCAAUGAUCUCGUGGAGAUGGCCAUGUCAGAUGCUGGAGCAAGCGAAAAACAAAAGUCUGCUCUAGCUAAGGAACUGCGGUUAGGAGCAAAGAAAGCUAAAACUCAACUAGGCAUAGAAGAUGAAACCAGAUAGGCAGGCAGACACAUAGACUAAGACUCUGUUCACAUGAAAAAUCUAUUUUCUAAAAAUCUAUUUUCUAUUCGUGGUAUCUUGUGAUCACUCCGA